CUAAGGGCCCUGCACAGGACCUGUGUUCAUGGGGACGCUACUCAGCUCCAAACCCUGCUGGAAGGUGGAAUGUCCCCUGAGGAAGUCACCCAGGUGGACAGCAAUGGGCAGACAGGCUUUAUGAUGGUGUGCCACCACGGCUUUGGGAGCAUUAUGGCCCUGCCCAGCCAAUACUCUUCUCUUGAUGUGAACCAGCAGAACAAAGAAGGGGACAUUGCCUCCCUCAUGUUGGCUUCCCAAGCAGGUGCAAGACAUGUGACUUUGGUACGUCUCCUGCUCAACUAUUUCCCAGGCCUGAACCUAAAGCGCCAGGACCAGCAUGGACUCACAGCACUGAUGAAGGCAGUUGUGCAGGACCGAGGACAGAGGGCUGACUUGAGGGCAAUAAAUCCAACUCAGGGCAAGGCAGCCCUGGAAUGGGCGGUGCUGACUGACAACUUCCACACAGUGUGUAGGAUCGGGCUGCUGCAAUGGCAGCCCCAUGUGGAGCAAUUGAAUCAGCAUUUUCAGUCCCAGUGGCCAGCCCUGGUUAGAGUUGUGGCCCUUGUUCCACCCACCCCAUCUCUCCUGGAGCAACUACUGGCCAUCUUGCGCCUUUCAUUUGUCUACUCUCAAGAGGGGGAUGUCCGGAACCACCUUGUGACAAUUACAAACAGCUUGGCCAGUCCCUUCUUCAGCAUUGCCUAUCACACCCAUCUGCACCAGGCACGAAGACCAAAUCUGUGCAGAAUUGCUGGUGCCCAGCGCCCGGCGCCGGCACGAACCCCGGGGGACCCCCCGCGCCGGCUGCAAGGACCGCCCCAUCGGAGGGAGAGGCGGAUGUGGGAGGCUCGGUCCCGGGGCCGGGCCGGGCCGGGCCGGGCCGGGGCGUGGGCGGCUGCCCGGGGUGUGGGAGCCGCGCGGGAGGGUCCGACCCCGCAGCCCGACGAGGGCGAGCGGCGGCGGGUGGGCGAGCUGGGCAAUAGGAAACGGUUUAUGAGGAGGGAGUGGUGGAGCCGGGCCAGGCAGGAAGGCGCUGGGACAGCAAGCAGUGGCUCCGGCCCCUUCGCAGCCCGGGGAGGCCCGCGCGGAGCGAGCAGCGAGCGGCCCGUCGUGGGGAGCCGGCCCCGCCGCGCCCCGAGCCCUGCUGGCAGCCCUGGCCCAGAGGGACCCCGAGCUUCCUCCACGCAGGAACCCCAGGUUCUGAGUGUCCUGCGUCAGAGUCCUGCGUCGACGGAUCGCGCUGCCCCGCUUUUCUCCUCCUUGGCCAAAGACUUCGUGGGCAACAAGUCUCACCCGCUCCUGAGGGACUGA